AUGUCCACCUUCGGCACCCUCUAUCGAGUUACGACCUAUGGCGAGAGUCAUUGCGCCUCAGUCGGUGCAAUUAUCGACGGAUGUCCUCCAGGCUUGGAACUGACUCCUCAAGACCUCCAGACGCAACUCAGUCGCCGUCGGCCGGGCCAGAGUAAUCUCACAACCCCCAGAAACGAGAAAGAUCUCGUCCACAUCCAAUCUGGGUUGGAGAUGGGCGUCACACUUGGAACACCUAUCGCCGUCCUGGUGAAGAAUGAGGACCAGCGACCCCACGACUACACCGAAACCGAUCUCUAUCCUCGCCCCAGUCAUGCCGACUACACGUAUCUCGAGAAAUACGGCAUCAAGGCGAGUAGUGGAGGAGGCCGAAGCAGUGCACGGGAGACCAUAGGACGUGUUGCUGCGGGUGCUCUGGCUGAAAAGUACCUCAAAAUAGCCUAUGGAAUCGAAAUCGUCGCGUUCGUCAGCUCUGUGGGCAAAGUGCAUCUGUCAGCCACCGCCCCGCCACCUCCCCGGAUUAAUGCCGAUGAAGAGGACGACAGCGCGACUGACACCUUGUCGAAAGAGUACCUCGAGUUACUGUCAACAAUCACCAGAGAAGAUGUCGAUAAGCAUCCCACCAGGUGCCCUCACCCAGAAACUGCAGAGAGGAUGACGAAGCGAAUUUUGAGAGCGAAAGAGACGCAAGAUUCCAUUGGUGGAACCGUCACCUGCGUUAUCCGCAAUGUACCUUCUGGACUCGGUGAACCCGUCUUCGAUAAAUUUGAGGCCAAGCUCGCGCAUGCUAUGCUUUCGAUUCCGGCUACGAAGGCGUUUGAAGUUGGGUCUGGCUUCCGGGGGACCGAAGUACCGGGAAGUCAACACAAUGAUGCUUUCAUUCGUGGUGAAAAUGGUCGACUGAGGACUGCCACCAACUGGAGUGGAGGUAUCCAAGGUGGAAUCACCAAUGGGGAGCACAUUUACUUCAGAAUCGGAUUCAAAUCGCCAGCCACGAUCUCCCAGCCUCAGGAUACCGCCCGUUACGACGUUCCUAUUGUUGAGGCGAUGGCUGCAAUGGUUAUCAUGGACGAACUCCUCAUUCAAAACGCAAGGAAGACCGCCGCCAGCCUCCUUCCUCCUAUUACAACGUUGCCUCCCACCAUGGUGAUUCCGAAGUAG